UAUGACUCCCCGGCGCUGGGCACAGUCAGCGGAAAGAGGCAUGAGCCUGUAGAGGGAGCCGCGGCUGCCUUGGGAAGGAGCACCCGUUCCCCACAGCAAGGAGUGAGGAACCAUGAAGUGGGAGGGCUUCUACUCCAUCGUGAUCGGAGUCAACCGCCACUCUACCGCCAUCGGCCGCAUCUGGCUCUCGGUGGUGUUCAUCUUCCGGAUCAUGGUGCUAGUGGUAGCUGCCGAAAGUGUCUGGGGAGAUGAGCAGGCCUCCUUCACCUGUAACACGCAGCAGCCCGGCUGCAAGAACGUCUGCUACGACCACUUCUUCCCCAUCUCCCACAUCCGCCUGUGGGCCCUGCAGCUGAUCCUGGUGACCACGCCGGCACUGCUGGUGGCCAUGCAUGUGGCCUACCAGCAGCACCAGGAGAAGAAGUUCUUGGUGAUGACGGGCCACGCAGACGCCAAGCACUUGGAGGAGGUCAAGAAGCACAAGAUCCGCAUUUCGGGCUCGCUGUGGUGGACCUACGUCUCCAGCGUGAUCUUCCGCAUUAUCUUUGAAGGCGCCUUCAUGUACAUCUUCUACUUGAUCUACCCCGGCUACCAGAUGAUCCGACUGGUCAAGUGCGACGCCUACCCCUGCCCCAACACAGUUGACUGCUUCAUCUCCCGGCCCACCGAGAAGACCAUCUUCACCGUCUUCAUGCUGACUACCUCGGGCAUCUGCAUCAUCCUCAACAUCUCCGAACUGGUCUUCCUGCUGGCCCGGGCUUGUUCCCGCCGCGGCCAGCAUAACCCCAACCCCUCCUCAGGGAAGGGCUCUUUCCUGGGCCACAAGCUCUCCUCCGAGUACAAGCAGAAUGAAAUCAACCAGCUGCUGACGGAGCAGGACAGCUCCCUCAAGGACAUUCUCCGACGAAACUCUGGCCUGCAGGAGAAGGGUGACCGCUGCUCCGCCUGCUAAGGGUCUCAGGACUGCGGGGUGUCGCUUUGGCCUCCGUAGACCAGGCCCAAUGCGGGGGGGCGGCAGAGGCCUCUUAGUGGGCUGCUGUGGACUGGCUGGGCCUGCCCUCCUGAGUGAAGCCACCCUCCAACCUCAUGCACAAAGCCUCGGGCUCCCCCCCCCCACACACACCCCAGUGUCGCAUCCUACUGGUCUUGGCCAUCCCAUUUGCUCCUGAAUGCAGCCCGGAGAGGCACAGUCUCUGUGGGUUUUCUGGUAAGUGGCCAGUUGCAGAACUUCUGCAGGGUGUGCUUUGGGCUGGAAUGCACUGGAGCCCCGAAGCGAUGGACACCUGGCGGGAUACAGUGGGUCGUCUGCAGAUCCCGUGGUGACCAUUGUGCUGAACUUUUAAAGACUUGGGCAGUCUCUCCCGGGCUAAGAAGCUCCAGAUAUAACUUGGAGAGGCCCUUCCACCCUCCCCUCUGGCCUGGGACCUUUUGCUCUCUAAGGCCUCCCCCCACCCCCAAAGUCAAGGAGAAUCAAAUUGUUAAGAUUAACAUUAUUUAAUAAGCUUAAUGCAUUCUCUGGGAAUAGAAUGGCCAUUGCCUUGCUGUACAUAUGGGGCGGUGGGGGCGGGGGGAGUUGUGGUGCAGAGCUGAGGGCUACUGCUCUUCCUCCCCCCCCCCGCCCCACAUCAUAGGAGCAUGAACUUUGGGCCAGGUGCUUUAAAUGUGAUUAAAUGAUUUGCAAAAAAAAAAAAAAAAA